AUGAUUCCGCGAGCGACCGCGACGACGACGGAAUCGACCAAGCGCCCGGUCGUCAAGACCGUCUCCAUCGGCGCGACGUUCGCCGCGCUCAAGAAGCGCGGCCAGUGCGCGUUCAUCCCGUUCAUAUGCGCGGGCGACCCUAACCUCGACGCGACGGAGCGCGCGAUCGCGAUCCUGGACGACGAGGGCGCGGACGUCAUCGAGCUCGGCGUGCCGUACAGCGAUCCGCUCGCGGACGGUCCCACGAUCGCGCAGGCGGCGACGCGCGCGCUGAACGCGGGGACGACGCUGGACAAGACGCUCGCGCUCCUCGCGCGCGUCUCGCCGACGACCAAAGCGCCGAUCGUGCUCUUCACGUACUUCAACCCGAUCUAUCAGCGCGGGUUCGAGGCGUUCGUCGAGGCGGUGGCGGCCGCGGGCGCGAAAGGUCUCCUCGUGCCGGACAUCCCGCUCGAGGAGACCCCGGAGCUCUCCGCCAUCUGCGCGAAGAACGGCGUCGACCUCGUGCUGCUGUCCACGCCCACGACCCCGGAGGCGCGCAUGACGAAGAUCGCGGAGGCGUCCAACGGGUUCAUCUACCUCGUCUCCGUGACGGGCGUCACGGGCGUUCGAACCAACGUCGAGAGCCGCGUGCAGGAGCUCGUGAGCGGUCUCAAAAAGGUCACGGACAAGCCCGUCGCGGUCGGGUUCGGGAUCUCGAAGAAGGAGCAGGCGGCGCAGGUCGUGGGGUGGGGAGCGGAUGGCGUCAUCGUCGGCAGCGCGCUCGUCAGGGCGCUGGGGGAGGCGCCCACGCCCGAGGAGGGGUUGGAGCGUCUGACCGCGUUGGCGAAGGAGUUGCGCGAGGGGAGCAACCGCGAGGGCGCCAAGCCGGCGGGGAAGAGCGGCGGCGCGUCGUUCUUCGACAGGAUCAUGGGGAAGGCGUGAGGUGAGCCGUUGGCGCGGGCGGGUCGCGGGUUCGCGGGUUCGAGGGUUCGCGGACGGGGCGGGGGCGACGCGCCGGAGCAAGGAGAGAGAAUGGAGCGACGCCGACGCGUUUUAAUAAUUAAGGUGAAUCACGCUUUU